AUGACUGUUGAGCUAAAUGGUCCACAGUGUUUGACUGCGGACUCGGCCUUAUUCCUACCAAACGAGACUCUUGCUGCUAUCUGCCGUGGUCUUUCACCUUCUGUCCUAACAGCUGUUGCCCGUGUAUCACGCCAGUGGAGGGGAGUAGCAGAAUGGUUGCUCUAUUCAAACAUCUUCAUCACAGAGACCCUCUCUGCCUCAUCUCCAUUCCCAUACAGCACCCUUCGUUGCUGCCAGACCAUUCGGCUACAUUCACAUCUUGCCAGCGGACUCCACAAACUCCAUAUCCGAUGGAAAUCAGAGAACGGUGCAUACUACGAACCACACUUCACCAUGAUCCUCUCCAAUCUCUCACAAGCAAUAGGCCUCGCAACCAACCUCGAGUCCCUAGACCUACAUCUCGGCCUGCCAUCUCUACCAGAACACCCCACUUCAACUUCUUUCACAUUCCCUUCUACCGAUACGUGUUAUCACUCCCUCCGACGCGUCUCUCUCAGCGGCAUCGGCCCCUUUACCCACAACCGCCUCACUGAUUUUCUCCACGUUCUCCCCGCCGCACAACAUCUCCGUCUUCCCGACUAUCACGACCCAAUCACCCUCCUCCCUCAAGCCAUUCCAUCUCUCAUAUCAUUCUCCGGCUCGCCACGCGUAGCCGCUGCAAUCCUACCCGGAAGACCCGUACAAUCCCUCGUACUCAUAGGACAGGACUACAUCCCAGACCUAGACCUAACCCAAAUGACCCUAACAAGCGUCCCUCUCCGCCAUCUGGAUUUGUCAUCCAUGCUAGUUACACCGACAUUACUACGAAAUUUAUCCAGAAAUCUUAAUACAGUCGAGUCGUUGAAAGUGAAGCUUGCGUUAAGGCAUACUUUACAUUUCGCUGGUAUCGGCUUGCUAGCAGCGCUUUCACACCUCCUCGGCGCAUUUCGCAAUCUUUCUACGCUUGACCUCUCGCCUACGCACGUAGAUUAUACCGGGGUCAGUAACAGCACAGAAGAGCUCUCACUCUGUCAAUCAUGGCAGAACGCGUGUCCUUCACUACGACGCGUCGUCUUUCCCUCCCAAACAGAAUGGACGUUCCAAGAAGGCGAUAAGACGUGGAUAUCUGUUCAUGCAGCAGAAUCGCGAACUCGGAGGCGGCCUGCGUUUUACUCGUCCAAUAAGUUCCUUAGGACCUGA